UGUUAUUACACAUAUCUUAUUAUAUUUUCAUUAAUGAUAAGAUACUGAGUACAGAAAAAGGCUGUUAAUAAAUGGUUUUAUUUAUGUGAUAAUCAGAAUUGUUGAAAUAUAACAAUUAUUGGUUAAUUUAUUUCAACAUGUACCAAAAUUGGCUUUUAUAUUUAGAGUACCUACGCCGAAAAUAAACUGCAUCGAUACGUACCUAAUAUCUUGUUACUAAUUAUAGUUUGAUAAAAAGUGAGUUAAUAAAAUUAAUGUAUCAUUUAAUUUUGAAUUACAUUAACAUAAUUAACAUGUUUUUGCAAAGUUUGUGAUGUACCCAUCACAAACGUUUUUGACUUUUAGAAGCCAAUUUUACUCCAGUAGUAAACAGUUACUCCUACUCAGACUAACUUAUUUUUAAUUAUGCUGAAGUUUUGAACAUCUAAUUACAGUGUUUUAAUCAUAUUGAAACAAGUUUAAAUUAUAAGUUUUGUUCUUUUCAUAACAAUUCUGUUUGUAACCUGAGAUGCAUGCUUUGUCUACAACUUCAUGAUUCUAUAAUCAGUUGGGUAAAAAUGGGUCACCACACAUGUUCCAGAUAAAUUGGGCUCUAAUUUGCCAUUUUUCCAUUUAAUACAGAAAAAAUAUAAUUACUUAGUAGAACAAUUAUUACUCAAUUUGUUCUAGAUUAUUCCCUUGCAAUGGUAAUGAGAAGAGUGUUUUCCAAAGCUUACAAAUCAUAUAAAAUCGCUGUAGACAAUGCAUUUAGUGCCAAGAAUCUGUUAUACACAAAUAUCAUGAUAUCCAUGGGAUCAUCAAGUUGUGGAGAUUUGUUACAGCAGUCUUACGAAAUCAUUAGAGAGCAACUUGUACACUUUGAUUUCCAACGAACGGCACAAAUGGCAUUUUCAGGGUUCACUGCGGGUGUUAUUUGUCAUCAUUGGUACCUUAUCUUAGAUAGAUUUAUAAUUGGUAGAACCAUCUAUAUGGUGAUCAAAAAAUUGAUAAUGGAUCAGUGCAUCUGUUCCCCUAUAGUAAUAUUAUCAUUCUUUGCGACUGUGGCAUUGUUUGAAGAUGAUCCUUUAGAUAACUUUACAGUUGAAGUCUCCAAUAAAUUCUGGACUCUGUACAAAGCUGAGUGGGUUGUGUGGCCACCAGCACAGAUUAUAAACUUUUAUUUUUUACCAACAAGGUAUAGAGUAGCAUAUGACAACACAAUAUCUUUUGGCUAUGAUAUCUAUACUUCUCAUGUUAAGCAUUCAAGGUCUAAAGUUAUUGAGAAAGAAAGUGUACAAAAAGAUAAUAAUGUAGGAACCGAAAAAACUAAUGGGAAUUAAGUAUCGAAUUAAGGAUGA